AUGGCAUUCAGCGAAAACAGCCCAAUCGUUCCAGGAAAAAGAGGAAUCAAUGAAAAUGACAAAAAGACAGACGAAACUACUCAUGUUGUCACCUCGACCAGUGACAUCAUUAUACGUAAUAUAAACAUAACCUUAAUAUCAUUAGCGGCGAUAACUGGUUAUGUCAGUAAAGCACAAUACAUCCACAAAUGGGUUUCCGUAAAUACGGUACUGCCUGAAGCUAUCCAAGGAGUCAAUGCGUCUUCUCCUGGAAACAUUUCGCAGCAAUGUGCUACCAAUUCUUCGUCUGAUGCAGAGAACGAAUACCAAAGACUAUCAGCUCGCAUGUCACUUUAUUUCACAUUGACGGAAAAAAUGAUAGGACUCCCAGUUUUGUCUCUUUUCGGAAUUUAUUCUGAUUUCAUCGGUCGUAAACCUUUAAUGAUCGUUGGUUGUCUCGUAGAAUGUAUCAAAUACGGAAUGAUGUCAUUUUUCAUUUACGAAGACUUUCAUAUCAACUAUCUAUUUGUCUGUUAUGCUGUUAGUGGUUUAGGAGGAACUUACUAUUCAUUCCAUCUUGCCAACUUUGCUUCCGUUGCAGAUACAACAGCGCGAGGUAAACAAAGAUCGUUCAAUAUUGCAUUAAUUGAUGCUGUCAUCGGUAUAAGUGGUCUGGCGGCACAGAUCGCAGCUGGUUACCUGAUAAAAAUAACAGGGUUUGUUUAUAUCAACAUGAUCGCCGCUGGGCUAUUCGCACUGGUUUUACUAUCUGUGAUAUUCCUAUAUAAAGAAACACAUGUAAAAACUAAACUAGCUAACUCGGCAAAAUCCUGGAAUAUUUGUUAUGCUAUUAAACGGAUGACUAGUCUCUACACUCAUAAGGGACAACGAGGAAACAUGCCAUUAUCUAUCUUCUUAGUACUUACGAUUGCAUUUGUUUUGGUUUAUGGUAUGGGUAGUGCUAAGGGUGAUGUAGAGAUUUUGUAUAUUUUAAAUUUUCCAUUCUGUUGGUCUUCCGUGAAAAUUGGAUAUUACAGUGCAGUCCAAGUUUUUGUCCAAACGGUUGUUGGGAUUAUGUUGAUAAAAGUUCUGCAUUUAUUCACCAACGACGAAAUGAUAUGUAUCAUAGGAUGUAUUUCUGCAAUUGCCUCAAUGAUAGCGAUGUCAUUCGCAACAAGGGACUGGAUGCUGUACAUUGCUAUAGGACUUGGUACAAUGUGUGUCGUUCCAGCACCACUGAUCAGAGGGAUUUUUUCGAAAACAGUUUUGCCUGAUAAGCAAGGUGCUUUGUUUGCAAACAUCUACAUAUUUGAAAUACUGUGUGGUCUAGGCGGGAGUACUAUUUUCAACAAUAUUUAUGCCGAGACACAAACUACAAUGAAGGGAAUGGCAUUUCUUGUCAUGGCCGGAUUUUACCUCAUAUCAGGAAUUUUGUUAACUAUCUGCAUGUGUCUGACGUCGGUGUGGGGGACAUAUAAUCUAUUUAUACAAGGCGGCAGUGAACCUUCAGUGAACUCCAGAAGAAGUGACACCUUAAGCUUAGAUAACGUGAACUUGCAACAAAGGGAAUCACAUGAUACAACCAUCAAAGUAAAGCAAGAAACAGAAUCAGUUGACUACUUGUAA